AUGGAGAAAAUUCGUAUGCGUGAUUUACGUCGAAUUUUUCAAAACAAAUACGUUGUUUUUAUGGGUGAUUCCAAUAUGCGCUCGAUUUAUAAAGAUUUCAUUCUCCUUCUCCAGGAAGAUAAAGAACUAAUCGACUCAGAUCGAAAAGCCGGUGGAAAUAAAGAAUCUAUUUGUGGUGAUACUUUGUUAGAAGGUGGAGUGUACAAAAGCCUAGGAAGUGGAAUUGAGUACGAAGAAAAACGUGUUUUCCUCGCAAAUAUAUUUCUCGUGAAGUUCAUUUUCUUAACUCGAUGUCAAAACGAUGUAGUCACACGGACUUUCGAAGAAUUUCGACGUGACACAGAAAAACCCGAUUUGGUCGUUAUUAAUAGUACGUUAUGGGAUAUAAGUCGUUAUGGUACGAAUGGAGAAGCGGAUUUCAAGAAAAAUGUACCUAUUUGUUUGGAUGAAUUACGUGCAGCGACAUCGCCAACGACAAUUCUUCUCUGGUUAACCGCAUUGCCGAUAUCCGCUGAGCCGAGUGCAGCCGUAUUCGAUGAAAAAUAUCGUCCGGAGAACAAAUAUUGGCGAACACAAUUCCUCCACAUCAAUGCUUUCUCCGCUGAAUUAGCAAAGAAGAAAAACUGUGAAGUUCUCGAUGUUCAUUAUCUAUUUCGGCAACAUCCGGAAAUGAGAGAUACUGACGGGUGUCACUGGAAUGCCAAUGGCCAUCGAAUGAUCACAUCUUAUAUUGCUCAAACUGUCUCUCUUAUUUGGCAUGUUCCAUAUAUUGAUCGUACUGUGAUCGAUCAUAAAGAACGUGAAUUGCAUCACAUAUGUUAUCGAAAAGUGAAUGAAUACAACGAUGAUUCAGUAGUAAAUAUUCUUACCGGCGAAAAUAACGGCGGUGUUACUGAUUUUGAUCUGAACGUUUAUCUUGCUGAUCAUGUACCAGUGAACAACGAAAGUUCGAACGGACAAUUUCCAGAAAGAGUCGGAGCAAUGAUCGGACAAAUGAAUGAAACCGAUCGACGAAUUCUUAAUCUCAUGGAUUACUAUGAAAAACAAUGA